AUGUGCUCCACAAGCCUCGGCUUCUUUGCUUCCGACGAAGUUUAUUCAAAGCUUUUCCAUGUUCUUACCAUUAUUGAAGUUUUCAUUCAUUCUUUCGGGGCAUAUAUUAUAAUUUCAAAAACUCCGAAAAAGUUGGAAGCCGUGAAGGCUGGAAUGUUACUGUUACACUUUGUUGGAGCUUUUGUCGACAUCUAUUUCAGUUUAUUAACCAUGCCAGUCUUGUUUUUGCCAGUUUGUGGAGGCCGCCCGCUUGGUAUUCUUUCAUGCUUUGGCGUUCCAGUUUCCGUGCAAACUUAUGUUGGCAUUUCGAUACUUGGAGGUUAGUACUGCUGAGUUCUUUUAAAAGUCCUGAGUUCUCACAAAUGUCAAUCUCUUUAAGAAGUUUUUUUGCAGUGAUAAUUGCUACAAUUCUAAUAUUCCUGAAGACCGUCGAUACCGAUUGGUUCACGGUGGGAAAUAUAGCACAACGAGAAAAUGGUAUCGACUACUGCAUAUAACUUUACUAUAUUUUUUGGCAGCAUCAUUUCCUGCUCCGGCUUUUUUUAAUCUUCCUGACCAGAAAGAAGGAAAACAGCUGGUUCAGCAUGUGAGAUUUUAACAUGAAUUAAUGGGUUUGGCUUGGCCAACUUUCAAAUCAAAUACUGCUUUUAAAUUAUUUCACAAAAUUUGUUAAUUUUCAGAAAAAUCAGUGUAUUCCAACCAAUUUUUUUGACCAUCCCAAGUUCUUUUUACUUGAUCUCACUGGAAACUACAUAGUUAUUUGCAUUGUUGGCAUGUUGAGUCUCCUAAUCUUUCAAAUGUUUGUGCAAAUUGCGUUGAUUUUUCGUCAAUUGUUAAAACACACACCCAUCUCUAGAAAUACACAGCGUCUACAAAAACAGUAUUUUGUUGCCAUGAGCUUACAAUUCGUCAUCCCAGUCGUUAUCAUUGCUUUUCCGGUUGCUUAUAUUGUGCUCUCAAUAUGUUUAGGAUACCAUAAUCAAGGUGUUUCUAUACAAAUUCUGUUAACAUUUAGAAAUAUUGCUCGAUUUCAGGUGCAAAUAAUUUGGCGUUUUUAAUUAUCUCAUUACACGGAGUCUUAUCAACAAUGCUGAUGGUUCACAGACCUUAUAGAAAAUCAAUUUUUGAGAUGUUACACCUGGAUUCAUUUCAGACAGCAAGCAGCAGUCAAUCUAUCUGGAGACUCUCUUAUUGAGUUUUGUGAAUUGCACAAAACUCCAUACGUUUUUUUCUCUUUUUUAAAACACAUUUCAGAAGCCAAUAAAAUUCUUUACUCUAAUUCGAAAGGUAUAUUCGGGAACAAUCAAUUUUGAAAUAUUACACUUGGAUUCAUUUCAGUCAGCUGGCAGUCUCCAAUCUAUCUGGAAACUUUCUUA